AACAAGUCCUCCUUCUCUUCACAUUUAGCAAUUCAGCAAAAGGCAAAAGCCAUUCUCAACACUGCGGGCCAACCAAUCUAGCUACACAGAACCUGAAUUAUGUUCCACGCAAAGUCACUGUGGAGCAACACUGCAACAACCAGUGAUGAUUUGCAUAUGUCCUUCCCCACGGAUUAGUUACAGGCUACAGGUUUAUCCGGGAAGUUAGCCCCUUGCGCCUGUGCAAGGAUACAAAGGAUAGAUACACCGGACCUGAUAUUCACAAAUGCAAGCAUUGACAUGCUAAGCAAACUGAACUUCCCUUAUUUAGGCUGGCGGUGCAAACCCAGUGAGGUGAGUGACCCUUGAACCAUCACAGUAUGUUCAUGCAUCAGCUACUGCAAGGCAAUUUUUUGUUCUUGUGAUGUCCUACGUCUCUAUUGUGGACGCGCCCAGCUCAUUUAUGUCUCGAGUAUUCACCCCAUCCAUGGGAUUUGAACGGGGGAGGGCUCAACCCCAUUUGUCAACUGGAGCAGCCACCCCACCCGUGGACGCUCGAGUCCAAUUCCCUAACGGUAUAAUGUUCGGACUAUUGCGUAUGCGCCAACUUCCAGAACCGCUUGCUCACGUCGGCCAACGUGGAAUACUGUGGGAGUCCGUACUAUCACUCGCUUCUCUCAGAUCACAUGUAAAUGAUCCAGGAACGGCAACCCUUCAACGAGGAAACUAUUGUCUACUCCUCAACCCCACCUACCAUCCAGACAAUUUUGCUAAAACAAUUGCAAAUUUCCCAAAAGUUUUCCCAAGCUGCCCAGUAUGGAGUACGUCAUGGGAUCGAUGAAAGGCCAGGGCAGAAUCCUCUCCUGCUCUCUUGUGAAGGCAGAUCCAUGCGAGGUUAGAUUCGUAUCAAUGCCCAUGCGGAGCUCAUAGGCUCAAUUGCUGCGGAAUCGUCCCCUCAGGGGUUGAAUAUAUGCAGGAGGAGCUGUUUGCAUGAUCAAUGAGCUAGCUCUAAGCCUACAGUGUAGAGAAUAUGACUAUGUCAAGAAUACUGUAUAUAGAAUGGUAUAGAGAUUUAUGUGUAUAUUUCAGUAACUCAGAUACUCUCUAAAGCGAUAAGUUAGCUACAACAUGGUGAUACAAGACGGAUCAACCAGGGCACAAAAUAGAGCCGCUAUGGCCCAUUAUGAAAGGCGCCAUCUGCACACUCGUCGGCGGAACUCUAGAAGCAAGAAGAAAUGAGCUGUUUCGUUUUAUUAAUGGGAAUUUAUUAGUAUCGUAUUGGUGGGAAGGAAGUAAACCCUAAAUAAUAUCGAAUAAAUAUUCCUGCGCUCCCAAUCUAAAAAC